GCAUGCAGCAUUUGAUCGCUAUCGUGUUUCCUUUGUCAACUCUGUUCUCCUGAUACACAUGGAUGGUUUGGAGGCAGGGACGUGGGCGCGUUCACGCAAAGGAUCCUACGAAUCCGAUAUUACCCCAACAUUGCAGUCAGUUGAUGGACGUACGGCGGAGACCGUUGAAGCCAAAACAGCGCUCGUGAGCGAGUCAUUCUUUCCCGCAAUUCCAGAAGCCGAUUUGGCGGAUAUUGAUAGCACCGUGUAUCCUAAACAACUACCAUUCCCAGAAAUUACACGCCAUGAGAUUGAGCAAGUAGUUUGUUUGGCAUCACCAGACAAAGCACCCAGCGAGGAUUCCAUUCCUAACAACUUCUAG